UGAUUAAAAUCGGCGGUAAACAUCGGUUGACACGGGUUAACGACACAUAUCAUGUCAGGUUUGUCGUGCUCAUAGCGCGUUGUGACGGAUGAUGGCAAGGACUUCACUGUUACUGCUCUUAAUCAUGGCUUUAAAAGUCAGCUCAGACAGCCUGGGAAUCGAGAAGAAAGACAUUCAAGACAAAUGGCCAGUCUUGGAGAAAAUACUAGAGAAACUGUUUCUUCCCAGGGAGUGCAUCUAUUACACUAAAAUAUCAUCUCCUACACGAUCUAUUAACUACAGAGAUCUUGAUGCUAGUCAAUUAUGUGACGCUAGGCUACCGUCUGGAUGGUAUCGCUUUACACAGUCAGCCGGCGACCAAAUGACUACCAAGUGUCCCAUAUUUCGAGGAGAGGAUCUUUACUGUAGCUCAAUGAGUCCGGGGUGGAUGGAUGGUGAGCUUCCGUCGAUAAGAGAUGGCCGAGUGCAGAGAAAAGUAUGUUUUCACGCAGAAAACAAAUGCUGUCAAGCUUCGGUUGAUAUUGUAGUGAGGAACUGUGGCAUUUUUUAUGUUUACUAUUUGGUCAAGGUUCCUUGUCCGUUCCGUUAUUGUGGUGGCCAAGCUAGAAUCACUACUACGAUGACACCGACUGUACCUGAACAGACCACCACACCUAAACCAAUACCUCAACCUGUCUCUACAGCCGAACCAUUUCCGAUAGAACCCGGGAAUGUUACGACAGCCGAACCAAGCACAUUGCCACCCUUUCCACCUUUGCUUCAUAAUAUCAGUACAUCUAAACGACUUACGGAAAGCACUACGACAACCGGAACACUUCGGACUGAGCCCGAAAAUACCACGACAGCCGAACCAUUUCCGACAGAAGAACCUGAACCAGAUGAAUGUUCCAAUUACAAAACUUUAGUUGAGAUUGACAGAGGUGCUUCGUUUUACAAUCCUUCCGAAAAGAAAGGUGAUCACACUCUACAGACAAACUGGUAUCGUUUUAACGAAGGCGCAGGAAAUAAAAUGGCCGACCGAUGUGUACCUGUCUUUCACUGUGGAACCCACGCCCCUGGCUGGCUCCUGGGAGGUCACCCAACAAAUGCCACAAGACACCCAGUAAUAAAGGAUGUGUGUUUCAACUGGCAAGGAAAUUGCUGCUUCUUUAGGGGUCAAAUACUAGUUCGUCAAUGCGGGGAUUUUUUUAUAUAUAAUUUGCGAAAAAUACGUUUUAAAUAUUUAAGAUAUUGUGGAAAUGGGGCACUGAUAAAGCAUUAAACGAUAUGAGAGCAUU